CAGUUUCAAUCGUCCACGGAGAUCCGCCUGUGGCUGCCGCAGAUCCAGAAGGAAAUUGAAGUCUGCCUUCAGCGAUCUCGGGACUCUGCCCAGCCGACCUACCAAGUGGCCGACUUUCAGCGGCGAGCAAGUGAACUGCAGGACUACUACCAGGCGUACGAGAGCAGGCUGAGGGAGCUCGACGGGACCGAGGCAUCAUCACUGUCCGACUCUCUCCCUGUCACAGUCACACACCAUGUGUCCGUCACUGCUGUCGCAGAGGAACCCAAGGAGCCAGGUGACGAGACGAGCCGUUCUUCGCCGCUGAGUGAUGUCUCCUGUGAAAGUAUCUGCAGCCAGCUUGCUUCUAUUUGUAGCAGCUUUGAGACCGAGUCAUGCAAUGACUAACGAGCAUCUACUGGACAUGCUGGUGCAAGUUGGGCAUUCUAUGAAGAGAAAGAUCUUGGUUGUUUGAUGGUAUCAGUGACUACUGGUGAUUCAUCUAGGCUCAGAGUGAGAAAACAAGCAAAAAACUAAAGUUCUGAAUCGGGAUUGCUGUGGUGCCCGCAACUGCUGACUGCUAGUCACGGAGUGGGAGUGAUACUAGGUCAAUGCGCGGUGCGCACAUACUUGAAGGCUGUGUAGUUUACAGCAAUGUGUGCCCUCAAGUGCUCUACAAAGACUUCCUUCUAUGGUGAGAAUCACAAGCGAAGCCCUCUUGUGGAGAAAGUGGAACAGCAGUCAAGAAGGUUGUCCAGGGAUCCUGCCAGAGUGAACUUGCGCAGAAGCCUCCUAGGGCGGACUCGUGUCUGGAAGUUAUUGUACACACAAGCUGAAGCUCUGACAAUCGCUCACACCCUAGACAACGACGUCCGGGUCUUCUCCUAUGAGAUUCCAGAGAGCGAUGCCGGGAAGCGUGCUUACAUUGUGACCCACCCACUUGACCUUUGGAAGGUGCUGCAGAUGCGCAAGCCUUCCAAUCGCUGCAUGUACGAAGUGAUUGCGGAGGAUGCACCCUGCAAGCUCUACUUUGAUCUCGAGUUUGAGCGGAACAUUAAUCCGGCCAGAGACGGUGUUGCCAUGGUGGAGCACUUUAUCGAUGUCGUGUGCCGCGAGUGGGAAGAUCUCUUCGGGGACCACUGCAGUCGAGAAGACGUCCUUUGGCUCGAUUCCAGCACUGCGAAGAAGUUCAGCUGCCAUCUGAUUUUUCAGAGAAUGCGCAUGUUUCGGAACAAUCGUGAGGCAGGUGCUUUUGUUCACCUCGUGUGUCAGAAAAUGAAAGGUCCUGUGACAACGGCAGUAAAGUCUGCCUUGGCUGCUUCCAGGGCUUCUCGGACAAGCCCCUUGGUGCUCAAUAAAAGCGGCAAGGAAGUGCUCUUCUGCGACGAGGCGGUCUACACACGCAAUCGCAACUUCCGUCUCUUUCAGUGCACAAAACUCAACAAGAACACACCUUUGGUGCUUUCUAAGAGUGACUGCUAUGUCCGCUCCUUGGGGAGAUGCCCAGAAGACAAGGAAAUCUUCCUGGACAGUCUUAUCACGUGGCCUCAUCAGCAGACUGGUGGACAUCUGCUGCAACUGUCUGCAGACUGUGGUGCAGCCAAGCUUAAUAAUGGCUUGCCAGCAUUUGUGGCUGAAAGGAAAGAGAGUGUCAAGUCAAUGAGCUCACCAUAUCCAGAUAUAGACGAGUUUAUUCGGGGCCUCAUUGGUCCACGUGGGACUAUCCGACAGGUGUCGCACUUUGUGGACACUGACACAUUGGUGUACGACGUGCUAGGCUACCGGUUUUGUGAGAAUAUUGGCCGCGAGCACCGCAGCAAUGGUAUCAUGUAUGUGGUUGACGUGAAUGUAGGCAGCUUUUACCAAAAGUGUUACGAUCCUGACUGUCGAGCGGUGUCGUUUCGCUCUGUCGUUCGUCCCAUCCCACCCGAGUGCCUGCCAUCCUUUUGGCUCAAGCAGAUCCCCGAUGAAAUGCUGCUAUAAAUGAAUGUUCUUCACUAUUAUAAUUUUAUUUUAUAUCUUUACCACAGUUUUUUUAAGACAUUCUAGAUGGAAUAUGUGACUAGGAA